UCCAAACCAUCGACCUCCUUACAAGCUCCGCCAGAUACCUCAGUAGAGCAGAGAUGGCCAGCUUUGAGAGCGCCACCGGCGAAGACUGCAGCUCGUGCCACCGCCGCGGCGGCUCGUGCCACCACUGCGGCGGCCGGGGCUGCGGACACUGCCGGCGACUGGGCCACGGCCUCCUCGGACACGGUGGCUACAGCCAAAGCUGCCACGGCGGCUACGGCAUUGGCGGCCACCUGUACGGCGGCCACGCGGGCUACGGCCACGGGGGCUACGGCACCGGAGGCUAUGGCCACGGAGGCUAUGGCCACGGGGGCUAUGGCCACGGAGGCUAUGGCCACGGAGGCUAUGGCCACGGAGGCUAUGGCCACGGAGGCUACGGCCACGGAGGCUACGGCACCGGCUGCUGCAAGCCGGUCACCACCUGCCACACGCGCCCGAUAGUCCACCUCGACUUCUGCACGAGCGGCCACGGCCACUCGUCUUGCCACCACUGUGGCGGGCGCGGUUGCGGCCACUGCGGCUCCGGCCACUUCGGCGGCUACGAGUGCACCGCCGACUGCCACGACGAGUGCGCCACCUCCUCGUGCCACCACUGCGGUGGCAAGGGCUGUGGGCACUGCCGCCGCCGCCAGUCGUGCCACCACUGCGGCGGCAAGGGCUGCGGGCACUGCCGUAGGUCCUCGUGCCACCACUGCGGCGGCAAGGGCUGUGGGCACUGCCGUAGGUCCUCCUGCCACGGCUUUGAGUGCGACGAGGAAGUCGGCUGCGGUCUGACCGUCGGCCGCUCCUCGUGCCACCGCUGCGGCGGCAUCGGCUGCGGGCACUGCCGUAGGUCCUCGUGCCACCACUGCGGCGGCGUCGGCUGCGGGCACUGCCGUAGGUCCUCGUGCCACCACUGCGGCGGCGUCGGCUGCGGGCACUGCCGCCGCUCCUCCUGCCACGGCUUUGAGUGUGACGAGGAAGUCGGCUGCGGUCUGUCCGUCGGCCGCUCCUCGUGCCACCACUGCGGAGGCAAGGGCUGCGGCCACUGCCGUAGGUCCUCGUGCCACCACUGCGGUGGCAAGGGCUGUGGGCACUGCCGCCGCCGCCAGUCGUGCCACCACUGCGGCGGCAAGGGCUGCGGGCACUGCCGUAGGUCCUCCUGCCACGGCUUUGAGUGCGACGAGGAAGUCGGCUGCGGUCUGACCGUCGGCCGCUCCUCGUGCCACCACUGCGGCGGCGUCGGCUGCGGGCACUGCCGUAGGUCUUCGUGCCACCACUGCGGCGGCGUCGGCUGCGGGCACUGCCGUAGGUCUUCGUGCCACCACUGCGGUGGCGUCGGCUGCGGCCACUGCCGUAGGUCCUCGUGCCACCGCUGCGGCGGCGUCGGCUGCGGGCACUGCCGCCGCCAGUCGUGCCACCACUGCGGCGGCAAGGGCUGCGGCGUGUGCCGCGGGUGGGGCAUCGGUGGCCGGAAGUUCUAG